AUCACGUGGUAGACUAGCUUUGGAGGCUCAACUUGGACGACUGGGUUCCGCUACCAAAACAAAGUGGACUAAACAUCAAAGACAGCCAAGUCGUCUUAAAACCCUCUGCUUCACAACAGCCACUGACACACACUCCACUUCUGCCAGCAAACUGCUGACUGCUGCCUGGGAUCCAGCACAGAUUCUGGGGCACAACACCUUGCCUUUCUCCCUGAACACAGAGGAAAGCACCAGCAAUACUGCAGGGACAGAUGCCAACCACACACUCCUAAUAAGAUGCGCAGGUCUAGUUCUGAGGGCUCCAUUCUCCUCUGCGAAUACCUGCCCUGGCAUAAGACUACCCUCCGGAGGCCUGGUGCCUGUACCAAGAGAGAAGAGCAAGCCAGCCUAGGAGACGAGCCACGGGACAACACUGACAGCACUGGGCUUAUAAAUUUGGAGAGUGGGCCUUCCAUUGCAAAGACACAACCAAAUUGCAAUGAAACUGAACCUUCUUGCGCUGGGGAGGAGCCUGAGGCUCAGGGGGUGGGGCUACCCUAUUUGGGGACAGUGCCAGAAGUCCGCAUUGAAAAGGAGUUUAGUUUGAGCUCUGACGCUUUGCCCUGCCUGGGAUUACAAGCAUCAGGGCAAAGCAGUGAAAGUCUGAUGGCUGCAGAUUGUUUUCUGGGAGUAGUAGGAUUGUCUGGGGUGUCCCGGGCAUACAGCGACAGCGAGCUUGCCCGUGACGGAGCUGCUGAAGGGUUGACAGGCAGUCAGGCAGGCAGCAGUGACAGUGGCUGGAGCCUCCCAUCUCCUGAGACACUGAGGAGGGAAAGAGUUCAAGGGAAGCUGGCUGCAACCAAAGUGCAUCUUAGGGUGCUUUUCAGGCCUCCCAAGUGGAACACUGCCAGUAUGGAGUCUGACCUGGAUUGCGCUGAUGAGAACAGCCGACAGAAUCGGAAGAGAUGGCUGGCCUUUCUGAAGCGUUGGAGUGAGGCUGGCAGCACAGGGACCUGCAGUGACCUCAGAACACUCAGGCCAAGUUCAGAGGAAGUGAAGAAAUGGUCUGAAUCACUGGACAAUCUUCUUGAUCAUCGCUAUGGUCUGGCUGCAUUCAGAGCCUUCCUGCGCUCAGAGUUUAGUGAAGAGAAUCUAGAGUUCUGGCUGGCUUGUGAAGACUACAAGAAGACAUGGACCAUCUUUAACCUGCAGCGCAAGGCUAAGAAGAUCUUCAACCAAUACAUUAAAACACAGGCCCCAAGAGAGGUGAAUUUGGAUUCAAAGACGAGAGAGAUCACCUCCCAGUUGGUCCUCAAUCCCACGCGCUCCUGCUUCGACCAGGCUGAGAAACGAGUCUACGGGCUAAUGGAGAAAGAUUCCUACCCCCGCUUUCUGCGCUCGGAGCUCUACCAAGAACUGCUGGAGCCACAGCAGCCCAACGGCAACCUGUAGACCAGCACAGUCCAAACGUGUUUCAUCCUGCGUCUAAACGUAAAGACUUAUCAUGGGAUUUCCUUCUAAAUGAUCUACUGUUAAACAGAAACAUGUUCAUAGUCUCGGUAAGACCUUGGACCCGGGCUGGCUUGAAAAAUAAAUUUACUGGGAAAUAUCCGUAGCACUUCAAUACAGUCCUGUAAUGCUUUUAUGCAUUGUGGCUAGGCAAUCUGGAUUUAUCAUAAUGUAACAGGCAGUGAUGCGUGAUAGACUGCCAUUACGGAUUCUGACUCCUGUCAGUGAAAUGAGGUCAGGAACACUUUAACUAUGCGUGCAGGUGAGAAUGUCUCUUUUACAUAGCGGUUAAGGUGCUCGCUUGUGCUGGGCAUGGUCGCUGGUCCGCACCCAGCGUACACCCUGCUACGCUAAUGUGCCAUAUCUUUAGGCUGAGAUUUGAAGAUGAUUUCUGUGGAUAGCCAACAUGCGCAGUUCAAAUCAAUGCUGAUGGAAAUGUUAUUUUUUUAAUUGAAUUACCAUGUAUCCCAUUAGUUAGGCAUCAUAGGCAAUACAGUAGAACCUUACAUACCCAGUUUAAUUGGCCCUAGGGCACUGCAUUGCAAUGUGAGUUGAAAAGCCUGAACUGUCCCAAACUGACCUACAUGGAGUCAUAUGGUAACGCUACUUCAAAAGAAUUCAGUAGUCUUUGGUAGAAGCGCAUACAGUCAGAAUACACAUAAAAGUUUGUGUUUAAACCUGACUAGUUUAAUAUAACUGUAUAUAUUGAAAUGUCUUGAGAUUCAGUCAUCUACUUUGUUUUAGUAAACAAAAGAUAUUAUUGGUUGGUUUCACAGACCCUGAUUAGCAUCGUCUACUGUAGGAACAGUAAAAACAGCAGUGUUGUUGCAGGAGGGAGCACAAUCUGGUUACACCAUGUUGCUCAUAAGACUAAUUGUCUUGGUGCUGGUGAACCCACAUAAGAUGAGAAAUUGUUUAUUUUAUAACCCAUACAUAAUGUUGAGUAACAUUUUGAUGCUUAAAAGCAAAUAUAGAAUAAAGGGAAAGUAAUGUGACCACAGCAAGGUGUUCUGUAACCUUUUAAGUAACGAUGGGCCAUAUUUCCAAAGCAGUUACUCCAGUCUUUAAUCAACUCCUGUUUUUUUUUUAAGGUGAGUUUAACAGUAAUCUACAACUGGAGAAUGCUCAAGAUACAUCCAAUUACAUUAAUUGAAUGUAUUUUAGUAGGAAUCUUGGUGGCCCAGUGGUUAAAAAAGGGACCUGUUACUAGGUGGUACCCAGUUCAAUCCCAGCUUAGCCACUGACUUGCUGUGUGUGACCCUGAGCAAGUCACUUAACCUUGUGCUCCAUCCUGUGGAUGAGAAACCGAGGUCAUAUUGUAAGUUACUCUGCAGCAGCAGUUGUAAUGCAUAGUUCGCCCCCUAGCCUCUAUAGAUCGCUUUGGGUAAAAGCAUCUGCUAAAUGACUAAUGUAUUAUAGUUAAUGAGAUAUAUGAUAGUAGUCAGUAGAUUUUUUAUUCAAUUAAAGAGUGGAAUAAACGCUUUGAAAAAA